AUGUCUACCACCGUGUACACCAGCGAGUCUCAUCUCUGUCACUUGCGGGGGUUGAUUAAACCUGGCGCUUACGAGGUAACUGUUGAUCACUUUUGGCUAAACAUGUUAAUCCAUUAUUUCGGUCCACGCUACAUCUUCGAGCGAGAGGCAUACUCCCGUGCCGGAGUUCACCUGAGGAGGAUGAAUGUUACGAUGAAGAACUUCCGUGCGAAUGGCUUCCGUCGAGUUUUCGUUGUGGAGGCAAAACGACUUCCAAAAAGCAAACGCUACCGAUGGGACAAAGUUUUUAGGCAGCUUGCAAAGUACAUGCGUGAGGUCCAACGGGAUACUGGCGGCCUACAGACCAUUUACGGAAUUGCCGCCGUCGGGGACAGGGUACGCUUCUAUGAAAUGGACUGUAGGGGUAACCGUGCAGGCAUAGCAGCAGCGUACCCAAGAUCUACCACAAACCCCAGGACUCUUGGCAUCAAUACAGAUGCAGGGGUUAUUCAUGAUUAUCUGCUUGCAAUCCGUCACGAGAUUUCGAACGGCCUAAAUACACAUUAA